AUGGGUUCUGAGGACGUACUGAAGAGUGCAUCAGCUCUGGCAUCCUACAAUGUUCUGCUUCAGGUGAUGUUCCGUUUGCUUACCUUCUUCCUCAACGCCUUCACAUUGCGCUUUGUGUCGAAGGAAUUGAUAGGUGUAGUGAAUGUCAGGUUGAUGCUGCUGUACUCCACACUGGUGUUCUUGUCCAGAGAGGCGUUUCGGAGGGCGUGUCUAAGCGGAGAGGGGGCGGGGCGUAACUGGAGACAAGUCAUUAACUUACUAUGGUUUACUUUGCCACUAGGCUGUUUAUGGGGGGCUUUACUGGUGUGCGUGUGGCUGUGGCUCCUCCAGGCUCCAGAUUCUCAAACCAUUCCGCAUUAUGGACCAGCUGUGGGAAUCUUCUGCAUGGCUGCUCUAACUGAAUUGCUGGCUGAGCCUCUAUGGGUUCUUGCACAUGCACAUAUGCUCGUUCGUUUGAAGGUCAUUGCUGAAAGCCUGGCGAUGAUUGCCAAGUGUCUUGUCACUGUGGUAAUGGUGGUCGCCGCUCCAGAGUGGGGCCUUUAUAUAUUCUCUGCUGCACAGUGUGUGUAUGCAGGAUUCCUGUCUCUAUGUUAUGUUGUCUACUUCUUGCAUUUUCUUGGUUCGGAGGAGGCAGAGACAAAAUCCUUUCCUCUACGCCACAUUUCAGAGCUGCUGCCCACCAGUAUAAAUGGACAGCCACUGUUAAACUGGAAGCUUGCCACAUUGACUUGGAGUUUCUUUAAGCAAUCCUUCCUGAAACAGAUACUUACAGAGGGUGAGCGUUAUGUGAUGACUUUUCUGAAUGUGCUCAACUUUGGAGACCAGGGUGUGUAUGACAUAGUGAACAAUCUUGGUUCGAUGGUUGCACGGUUUCUCUUCCUGCCCAUAGAGGAGAGUUUCUAUGUAUUCUUCGCCAAGGUGUUGGAGCGUGGACGGGACGUGCGGAAACAGAAACAAGAUGAGGUAUCCAUGGCAGCAAAUGUAUUGGAAUGUUUGCUGAAGCUGGUUCUUUUGAUCGGAUUGAUCAUCACUGCGUUUGGUUAUUCCUACUCUCACCUGGCUCUUGAUAUGUAUGGUGGUGAACUUCUGAGCAGUGGAUCAGGUCCGUCUCUUUUACGGUGCUACAGUUUUUAUGUACUGCUUUUAGCCAUCAAUGGCAUAACAGAGUGCUUUGUUUUUGCUGCAAUGAGUAAGGAGGAGGUGGACAGGUACAACCUGGUGAUGCUGGGACUGUCUGCAUCAUUUCUGAUGCUUUCCUAUUGGCUGACUGGUCUUUUUGGGGCUGUUGGCUUCAUCUUGGCAAACUGCAGUAACAUGGCUUUACGAAUCAUACACAGCCUUAUUUACAUACAUCACUACUUCCAGCACAGUGACUACACCCCUCUGUCUGGGCUCCGUCCACAUCCUGCACUAGUGAUUGCUCUCAUAAUCAGCGCUGUCAUCACAGUCCUCUCAGAGCAUAUGUUGUGCUGUGAUGGCGGCUGGGUACUGAGGCUGGGACAUAUCUCUGUUGGAGCAGUUUGUUUGCUGGUUGUGAUUACAGUAGCGUUUCUUACUGAAAGAAGACUUGUUCAGUUCAUCCGGACUCAGCUACUACCCAAAUACAGCAAGAAACGAACAUAAACCUCAAAUGAAUUUUGUGAAAUUAUGGACCAAAUGUUGCCUUGUUUAGUCUGUGACUGCUCAGGUUAUGCACACUGACUUUUUAAACGAUUCCUGUAGGCUGGUUGCCUUGAAAUAUUUAAAUAUUUUACAUGGAAAAAUACUAUACAUGUCUGCUAACUUUGAAGUUGUAGUUUUUUAAUUUUAUCUCCAUUUUAACAUAGGCUGAUAAAAGUCAAUGAAUGUGUAUAGUGUUACCAAUGUACUAGUCUCAUAGGGCCAGACUCACAUCUAUUGAUUUAGUCUGAGAGAUUUUUGGUGGAACUCUUAUUAGGGUGGGGACAAAUUUGGUUUGAAUUUUAUACAGCAAUUAUAUGGUGAAGGUGAAGCUCAAAAUAGUGAUGCCAGCUGAAGCUGGCUGUGUCUCAAAUCGCACACCACUGCAUCAAACAGUAUGCAUAAUUAGUGCACUUUGAAAGGUAUAGUUAUACAAUAUGUUGCACUUAGGACUAAAGAAUAUUCCUGCCUAAAUGUAUUCAAGAAUGUUUUCUGAUAAAAUACAUCAGUAUAACACUUAGUGUUAUUUGUGGGGAUAGGCCUAGAGGGGUUUAAGGGGAUCACAGUGUUUACAAACUUGGACUGCCUAAAUAUGAAGUUACAUUAUUAAAUUAAUUUCUAUGCUAGCUGACACAAUAAAUGUGAGCAAAUGGUGUGGUUUGAUAUGUUUUGUGGUUUGAUGUUGUUAUUGUCUUUUUUUGUUUAACAUUUUUGUCAGCUAAAAUGCUUUUUGUAACUGUUAUAAGUAUGCAGCUAAACCAUGGGAACUGCAGAAAAAACAUCUUAAAAACAUUUGGCUCUUCACAGGCUUCAGCUGAUGCAGUGUUAUUUGUAAAUCAGUGUGCUUGUAGGAAAUAAUUGUUUACUGUCUUCAACCGUACACAUAAGCUUAAAAAUACCAGAGAUUUGCUGCCAUUGCAUAACGGUUAGGAAAGAUCGUCAAAGUAUGAACAAAAUUAUUUUGUUUAUUUGUUUAUUUUAAACAGUAUAUCUGUUACAAAUGCAUGAUUUUUUAAAAAUGUUUUUGUAAUUCUAGAAGAAAUUAUU